GGGCUUCCUUCUCAGCGUCAGCCGUUUCUGUCUCAAUGGACAAAUCUCUCUGGGUUGCCUUUUGUGUGGGUGCAGCUCUGUUUUUGCUCGAUGAACCUACCCAAGCAGAUGCUACGGAGAAUGAUGAUACUAUCAGCAAGGACGCGGAUUCUGUCGGAGGAGGAGGCAGGAAGGACUUGCCGAUGUUGUACGUCACCACCAUCUUGGAAGACCCCUAUGUGAUGGCCCGGGGCACCGAACUGGAAGGCUACUGCAUUGACCUUCUGGAGAAGCUGUCUGAAACGCUGCACUUCAGGUACAAAGUGAGCGUUGUGAAGGAUGGGAAAUACGGCUCGAUAAGCACCAACGGGAACUGGACUGGGAUGAUCGGCGAGAUUGUGAGGAAGGAGGCAGAUCUGGCUGUCGCUCCACUAACCAUCACGUCGGUAAGAGAAGACGUCGUCGACUUCACCCAGCCCUUCCUGCAUACGGGCAUCGGCAUCCUGCUGGAGAGGGACACCACCUUGGAAGACGCUUCUCUUUUCCACUUCCUGGCCCCCUUCAGCAAGGAGAUGUGGGCUGGCAUCCUGGCUGCCUACGUGUUAGCCUCCCUUUGUUUGUUCCUGGCUGCCAGAGUGAGUCCUUGUGAAUGGGACGGAAACGAAGACACGCCUUUUACCUUCCUGAACAGCCUGUGGUUUGGAGCAGGAGCGCUUGCGUUACAAGGUGCCGUGCCUCCGCCGAAGUCCGUCUCCGUGCGGAUAAUCUCUGCCAUCUGGUGGCUGUUCAGCAUCGUGCUGCUGUCCGCCUACAUCGCCGGCUUCAGCUUUGUUUUGGAGUCGGGCUCGGAGCAGCUCUCCAUCCAGACCUUUGAAGACCUGGUGAAGCAGAGGCACCUGGAGUUCGGGACCAUGGCCAGCUCUUCCACACUGCUCUAUUUCAAGAACUCCAAGAAUCCCAUUCAGCAGAUGGUCUACGAGUCCAUGAACAAGAAGAAGGACACUGUUUUUGUCAAGAGCUACCAGGAGGCCAUUCAGCGCGUACUGGAUUCAAAUUACGCUUUCAUCGGAGAAACCAUCUCUCAAGAUCUGGCUGUUGCACAGCACUGCAACUUGGUCCGGUCCCCGGAGGUCCUUGGGGCAAGGGGCUUUGGCAUUGCUACACCGCAAGGAUCUCCCUGGACGAACAAAUUCUCCGUGGCGAUCCUGAAACUUGGAGAAUCCGGUGACCUCGACUACCUUCGGAGCAAGUGGUGGGAGAGCAGUUGCUUCCAGGACGAUCAUGACAAGUGGAGCCCCUUGAAACCUCAAGCCCUUGGCGGGAUCUUCCUCAUCCUUGCCCUCGGCCUCCUGAUAGGAAUGAUCGUUGCGCUAGUUGAGCUAUCCAAAAAAAGCCGGCGCACAGCUGACCAGGAGAAGAAAUCUUGCUGCUCCGUGUUUACCGAGGAGCUGAGCCAGCGAUUCCGACCAAGAGAAAUUAGGAAGCAAGAAACCGCAGGGAAAUCCAAACCGUGAGACGACGUGGCGCAAAUUAGAAGGUCAAGUGAUAAUGAACUGUCUUCUUUUGACCCUACUGUAUAUUCCAUAGCGGAGAUCUCUGAGCUCCUUCUAACUGUAGGGUAUUGGCUGGAGGAACACACACACACAAAUCUAGACUAGCUUCCUUUAUAAUAACACAAAAUGAUGAGGAACCCUCUGUGUAAUGUUAUGUAUGAAUGAAGAGGU